GGGACGGCCCCUCGUUCCCGAAGGACCAGCCCGGCCCCGGCCAGCACCCCUUCGCGCAGGAACCAUGGCGCAUCCCAGAUUCCGGAGCCGCCGAGGCGCUGCCUGGUGACCCGGCCGCGCCGGCGCCAGGGGGGCGCGGGCGGGGACCUUGGGGGGCCGUCCAUGCCCCGGGUGCGGUCGCGCCCCCUCCCCCUCCAGCCGGGCGCCCCCGCGGCUGGGCGGCGAUCAGGGCCGCGGGCCUGUCCGGGUGCCCCGUCGGGGGCGGCGCCCCGGCGGCCGCGCUGAGCCCACCAUGUGACCGCGGCGCCGCUCCGUCCUGGCCACCGAGCGGCGACACCCUGGUGCCUCCCGUCCAUGCUCCUGGGCCCGGGCCCCUCGCAGGCCAAGCAUGAGGCCGCGGCCUGAAGGCCGGGGGCUCCGGGCGGGAGCCGCGCUGUCGCCCGCGCUGCUGCUGCUGCUGCUGCUGCUGUUGCUGCCGCCGCCGCCGCCGCCGCUGCUGGGAGCCCUGUGGGCGGCGGGCACGCCUGCGCCGUCGGUGCAGGACGGCGCGCCCGGCGCUGGCCGCGUGAAGCGCGGCUGGGUGUGGAACCAGUUCUUCGUGGUGGAGGAGUACACGGGCACCGAGCCCCUGUACGUGGGCAAGAUCCACUCGGACUCAGACGAGGGUGACGGGGCCAUCAAGUACACCAUCUCGGGCGAGGGCGCUGGGACCAUCUUCCUGAUCGACGAGCUGACGGGUGACAUACAUGCCAUGGAGCGCCUGGACCGGGAACAGAAGACCUUCUACACACUGCGGGCUCAGGCUCGGGACCGUGCCACCAACCGCCUGCUGGAGCCCGAGUCGGAGUUCAUCAUCAAGGUGCAGGACAUCAACGACAGCGAGCCCCGCUUCCUGCAUGGCCCCUACAUUGGCAGCGUGGCCGAGCUCUCACCCACAGGCACAUCGGUGAUGCAGGUGAUGGCCUCGGAUGCAGAUGACCCCACGUAUGGCAGCAGCGCUCGACUGGUGUACAGCGUGCUGGAUGGCGAGCAUCACUUCACUGUGGACCCCAAGACCGGUGUGAUCCGGACGGCUGUGCCCGACCUUGACCGCGAGAGCCAGGAGCGCUACGAGGUGGUGAUCCAGGCCACAGACAUGGCGGGCCAGCUGGGCGGCCUCUCCGGCUCCACGACCGUCACCAUUGUGGUCACUGAUGUCAACGACAACCCACCCCGCUUCCCGCAGAAGAUGUACCAGUUCAGCAUUCAGGAGUCGGCCCCCAUCGGCACGGCCGUGGGACGUGUGAAGGCCGAGGACUCAGACGUGGGCGAAAACACAGACAUGACUUACCACCUCAGGGAGGAGAGCGGCAGCGGCGGGCACGUAUUCAAGGUCAUCACAGACAGCGACACGCAGGAGGCCAUCAUCGUAGUGCAGAAGCGCCUGGACUUCGAGUCCCAGCCGGUGCACACCGUGGUCCUGGAGGCCCUCAACAAGUUCGUGGACCCCCGCUUCGCCGACCUGGGCACGUUCCGCGACCAGGCGAUCGUGCGCGUGGCCGUGAUCGACGUGGACGAGCCCCCCGAGUUCCGGCCGCCCUCCGGCCUCCUGGAGGUACAGGAGGACGCGCAGGUGGGCUCCCUGGUCGGCGUGGUGACGGCGCGGGACCCCGACGCCGCCAACCGGCCCGUCCGGUACGCCAUUGACCGCGAAUCAGAUUUGGACCAGAUCUUUGAUAUCGAUGCGGACACGGGUGCCAUCGUCACCGGCAAGGGGCUGGACCGAGAGACGGCCGGCUGGCACAACAUCACAGUGCUGGCCAUGGAGGCUGACAAUCACGCCCAGCUCUCCCGGGCAUCCCUGAGGAUCCGAAUCCUGGAUGUGAACGACAAUCCCCCGGAGCUGGCCACACCCUACGAGGCAGCCGUGUGUGAGGAUGCCAAGCCAGGCCAGCUCAUCCAGACCAUCAGCGUGGUGGACAGAGACGAGCCCCAGAGUGGGCAUCGCUUCUAUUUCCGCCUGGUGCCUGAAGCUCCCAGCAACCCCCAUUUCUCCCUGCUAGACAUCCAAGACAACACGGCCGCGGUGCACACGCAGCACAUGGGCUUCAAUCGGCAGGAGCAGGACGUGUUCUUCCUGCCCAUCCUGGUGGUGGACAGCGGGCCUCCCACGCUGAGCAGCACGGGGACGCUGACCAUCCGCAUCUGCGGCUGCGACAGCUCGGGCGCCAUCCAGUCCUGCAACACCACGGCCUUCGUCAUGGCCGCCUCCCUCAGCCCCGGCGCCCUCAUCGCCCUCCUGGUCUGUGUCCUCAUCCUGGUCGUGCUGGUGCUGCUGAUCCUCACCCUCAGGCGCCACCACAAGAGCCAGCUCAGCCCGGACGAGGACGAGGACAUGCGCGACAACGUCAUCAAGUACAACGACGAGGGCGGCGGCGAGCAGGACACCGAGGCCUACGACAUGUCGGCGCUGCGGAGCCUCUACGACUUCGGCGAGCUCAAGGGCGGCGGCGGCGGCGGCGGCGGCGAGGGCCCCGCCGGGAGCGCGGGGAGCCCCCCGCAGGCGCGCCUGCCCUCGGAGCGCCACUCGCUGCCGCAGGGGCCGCCGAGCCCCGAGCCGGACUUCUCGGUGUUCAGGGACUUCAUCAGCCGCAAAGUGGCGCUGGCGGACGGGGACCCGUCGGUGCCGCCCUACGACGCCUUCCAGACCUACGCCUUCGAGGGCGCGGACUCGCCGGCCGCCUCGCUCAGCUCGCUGCACAGCGGCGGCUCGUCGGGCUCCGAGCAGGACUUCGCCUAUCUCAGCGGCUGGGGCCCCCGCUUCCGGCCCCUGGCCGCCCUCUACGCCGGCCACCGCCCGGAGGACGAGGCCCCGGCCUCCUAGCCGGGCCCUCCCUGCCGCCCGGGACCCGACUGCACCCCCAGGACAAAGCACGUCCGUCCCCUGCUUCACCCCCGUUCCCAAACCUCCCACCCUCCCAGGGCGGCCAGGAGUGGGGCCUCGAGAGCGGACCCUCCGACGGCAUCCCUCCCCGAGGGAGUGGGCAGCUUUCGCCCAGAGGUGCGGGAAUUAGGUUCAACAUCACGGAAACUGCCCCGAGAACGGGCGCCGCUUGGCUCGGGGGUUACACAGAGAGAGGGGUGUGGGGUGGGGCGUGGCUCCCUCCUGGCUUGGGGGAGAAGCCGGAGAGAGAAUGCUGCCGAAGUGCCCCCCCUUCCCCAGGUAUCCCCCAUCAGAGUUAAGAGGAAAGAAGGGCUGUUCAUUUACUAAGCGCCUACUGUGUACUGGGACUGUGCAGAGACCUUCUUAGUCGUCAUGGAAACCGCGAGGUGGAGCCCUAAAGGUAACAGAUGGGGAAAGCCUCCCCCCAGAGCCGUGGCUGGGACCUGUCCAAGGACACCUGGCCAGUGUGCGGUGGAGCCACGCCCUUACUGGCUACCUGGCCUCGGGCAGGUUACCUCCCUUCUCUGGGCCUCAGUUUCCUCCUGUGUCAAACGAGGCAAAUUAGCAGAACCUACCUCGAAGAGUCCUGAGGAUAAAAAGGUUUUGUAUGUGUCAAGUGGUCAGGACAGUGUCUGGCACAUAGUAGGUGUUCAAUAAAUGUUAGCCUUUGAUACUAUUA